AUGCCAAUUUGUCUUUGGCAUGGAUAUGCCCCCAGUAGUGCCCAACGUCUCCUAAAUUCUUCUAUAUAUUUACCCAAGUGCUCACUUGGUCAAUUUAAUACUAUGGCCCCAAGGAACCAGAAGCGCAAGGCCGCUUCCCCUGCCGGUAGUCAUGGCAGCGACUCCAAAAAGAUCAAGACGGAGAGCGUUGAACCAAUCUCCACGUCAGACCCUUUAAGACGCCCUCACACCUUCUACAAGGAGUCGGAAGAGAAUGGCAUCGUUCUGCGGGAGUUUUACCCGCAUGAGAUGAGCAACGAGCGCGCACGCGCCUACAACAAUGAUGAGAUCCCCCGGCCGAUUGAGGACCUCUACCAGGCCAUGUCGCAAACCCACCCGAUCCGCCAAAAGGUCAAGGUCAAGGGCGCGGUGGUGCACUGGUUCAAGAUGGAUCUCCGCGUGGCGGACAACACCGCGCUACGUCUGGCCAGCGAAAAGGCCAAAUCAGCUGGCGUCCCCCUGAUUGCUCUCUACACAGUCAGUCCCAAGGACUGGGAGGCACAUCUCAGAGCCCCUGUAAGAGUCGACUUCACCCUGAGGAGUCUUGAGGUGCUCAGGCAGGACCUGGCCAAGCUCGACAUCCCCCUCCACGUGGAAACCGUGGACGACAGGAGGGCGAUGAAGCAAAGGGUGCUCUCGUUGAUGGAGGAAUGGGACGCAAGCCAUCUGUACGCCAACAUGGAGUACGAGGUCGACGAGCUGCGGCGCGAGGCAAACCUGGUGAGGCUGCUUGCAGAGAAUGGCAAGUCCAUGGAGGUCGUGCACGACACCUGCGUUGUUCCGCCGGGCAAGUUGCAAACCGGCACGGGGAGGCAGUACGCCGUCUACUCGCCGUGGUACCGCGCAUGGCUGAAGCACUUGUCGGGCGACCCAGAGCUGCUCGAGCCCAUGGAGCCACCACACAAGAACCCGGCCAGCGCCAGAGAAAAAUUCUCCCACCUCUUUGACGGCAAGAUACCAGCGGCCCCAAAGAGCAAGCAGAUGAAUGAAGAAGAGCAGCAAAGGCUCGCGGCCAUGUGGCCGGCCGGGGAGCACGAGGCCAGGAAGAGGCUGGAUGCCUUUAUCAAGCGCAGGAUCGAUGGUUACGCGGCGAAGCGCAACUUUCCGGCAGACGAUGGGACUUCCUCAAUCUCGGUGCAUCUCGCGGCUGGAACGCUCAGUGCACGCACGGCAGUCCACCUGGCACACAAAGCGAGCGGUACGAGGAAACUCGAUGGUGGCAGUCAGGGGAUCCAGACGUGGAUAAGCGAGGUAGCAUGGCGUGACUUUUACAAGCAUGUUUUGGUAAAUUGGCCCUAUGUCUGCAUGAACAAGCCGUUCAAGCCCGAGUACUCCAACAUCGCAUGGUCCUACGACAUGGAGCACUUUGCUGCUUGGUGUGAGGGUCGUACGGGCUUCCCGAUUGUGGACGCUGCGAUGCGUCAGCUUCGAGGCACCGGGUGGAUGCACAACCGAUGUCGAAUGAUUGUGGCGUCCUUUUUGGCAAAGGACUUCCUCAUCGACUGGCGCAUGGGCGAGCGGUACUUUAUGGAAAACCUGGUCGACGGCGACUUUGCAAGCAACAAUGGCGGGUGGGGUUUUGCAGCGAGCGUUGGUGUCGAUCCACAGCCAUAUUUUCGCGUCUUCAACCCAUUACUUCAGAGUGAAAAGUUUGACCCCAACGGAGAGUACAUCCGCAAGUGGAUUCCGGAGCUCAAAGGCAUCAAGGGGAAAGCAAUUCACGACCCCUACGGCCGGGGAUGUGGGGUUGAGGCGAAGAAAAAGGGGUACCCCAAGCCUCUGGUUGACCACAAAGGAUGCCGCGAGAGGGCAUUGAAAGCGUACAAGGAGGGGAUUUCUAAGGAAAUCUAGGGAUUGGUGGCAGUCUAGGUAAGCAUGCAGCCCUGGAUGUCCAUGUGGUUUAUAAGACUGUCCAUCAGGUGCAAGAUUAUAUUUUGUACAAUACCGAAUUAAAUUAUACAUUUUUAUUUAUGUAGGUUAAUAUGCACUGAGAAUACGUUUGCUCAUUCAAG